AUGGCGAGCCUCAUCAUGAGCCUCCCAUCGAUACUCCAGGCGCCCACUGCCGGUGAGGCCCUGUCGGGAAUCUUUGGCAGCGUCUCUCUGACGGCCUGGAUAUGCCUCCUCCUCCCGCAAUUAAUCGCAAAUUACAAGUCCAAAUCUGCCGACGCGCUGUCCAUGAAAUUCCUCCUCAUCUGGCUCCUCGGUGACAUUGCCAACCUCUCUGGCGCGCUCUGGACUUCCCUCGCCCCCUCCUCGAUCGCUCUCGGCAUGUACUUUUGUGUCGCCGACUUGAUCCUCAUCACCCAGUGCACCUACUACAACACCAUCAACGCCCGCCGGCGCGCACGCGAACAGCACCACCACCACCCUGGUCACCGCAGGCACUCCCACCGCCACCCCUCUGCCGACUCUGACACCACCGCAGUGGAAGACACCCCGGCCAACGAGGAAACACCCCUUGUAACCGAACACCGCCGCCCCAGGUCCGACUCCCAGACCCUCCUGCCCGGCUCCCACAGACGCCACUCCACCCACCGCCGCCGCCGCUCGUCUAACCUCGACCCGUUGACUAGAAUCAUAACCGGCGAGGACGACACCCCUGACUCCAACCCAUGGCUUCACAACGCCCUCUCCCUUCUAGCCGUGUGGGUGGUAGGCGGAGCAGGGUGGUUCGUCUCCUACCGGAUGGGUGCAUGGGACUCCCCAGACGUUCCGGUCGACACCGAUCCCAUCUCUGCUGAACCACAGGCGAUUAUCGGGAUGGUGUUGGGCUACAUCUCGGCUGUUUGUUAUCUCUGUGCGCGCAUCCCCCAAAUCAUCAAAAACUACAAGGAGAAAUCGUGCGAAGGCUUGGCCCUGCUGUUCUUUUUGCUCUCCCUAACAGGCAACUUCACCUAUGGAGCCAGCGUGAUGAGUUACAGCCAAGACAGGGACUACCUCCUCAGGGCCCUACCGUGGCUACUCGGGAGUUUUGGGACGAUCGUCGAGGACGGGGUCAUUUUUGUGCAGUUUCGGAUAUACUCCAAGGGGAACCAAGCCGGGCAGCAGAGUAAAAGCGUUGGGGGCACGGCUUGA